AUGGGACCCCUCCAACAGACUAUUCGCUGCAUGGGACACGUCGUGCGUGCGGUGCGGGCAUCCCGCGACUACCGAGUCCGAAGCAAGAAGGCAAACACCGAAGUCCUCCACCGAGCCGACUGCAUAGUCGAGUCACAAAUCAUAUAUCGCAAGGGGCCUGCUGUUAGCAAGCUCAUCAGACACUACAUACCCUACGACUUGUACGGUGAUGGGCCCAUGUUUCAAGAUUCCGGUGACAACCGCGUUACAGACUGUCGAACUUGCCUGACGACGAUGUGCGAGCAGAUCGACAAGAAGUAUGAGUGCGGCCACACGGGUUUCCACGAUAUCAAGUGGUGCCAGAACGUCGGCAGGGGCUGCAUGGGCCCCGGUGCCCAGCACGAGACCGUUGCGUGGUCUGGCUUAUGCACCGACUGCGCCAAUCGACAGUCCGACCCGAACCCCCAACGUUGA